GAAAGCUACCUCAAUUCCACUACCUUUCACGGGUAAUCAUGACUUUUCCAACUCCACGAAAGCGAGAUGCCGAUGGCAACGAGAAGAUAGCCGAGCCUAUAGUUCUUCACCAACCAGGCUUCCUUAAUGAUGUCCGCCUCGUUGUCUUCGGCCAAGUGUAUCAUGCUCACUCCAUCAUCCUCAAACUGAAUUCCAAGUAUUUUCGGUCAGCUCUAGAAUGGGGAGAGAAGCACGCAAUCCCAUUGGGAAAUUUCCGUUAUAAUUUUACCUCUGUAGUUGAUGAAGAUGGAUUUUGGCUUAUGGAACUAAUCAAAUCGGCUUCAAACUUCGGCAACCACACGAAUACAAACAAAUUAAGAGUCCCGCAAACCGAGGAAGGAGAAAGACGUGCUUUCGAAGCUGUACUUUUUGCUUUUUACAACAGGCCAUACAUCAUUCACGGCUAUGAGAAUUUCAAGGACAUCUUCCGCUCGGCUGAUUCCUUGUGUGCUCGUCCUGCUCUUUCACAUACUUUGGAUUCAGCAUUUCAUAGAAGUCCUGGAUUUACUGAUACAAUUUGCCAAAACAGCGAUGCAUUGAUUCGAAUCGCUAAAGAGCUCCAUCACCCUGUGCUCUUCCGAGAGUGUUUAAUUUAUGUUGUUUCGAAAGCAAGCAGUACCGCUUGCAAAGAACAGUGGCAAUCAAAGUUCGACGAUGAUGAAGAUAUCAAAUCUUGUUUUCUAAAAGCACUCCAGAGUGUUGACUCCACACGAAAUUUAGUCGAUAGAGGGAUCGAAACUUUUAGCAAAGAUUCGAGGGCUUGGCAAGAAAUGCUGAUGGUGAAAGACGGUAUGAUGGAUGGUACACUGGAGUACCAAAGUGCUACAUAUUACCGAGAAGUGAUGAACCGUUUGGAAGCUAAAGAAUUGAAAAACAUCACUAUGCAGUGGUAUCAAAGUUUUCUAACUUUAUUGUCAAGCAACUUGGCUCUUGACCGAAAUUUAGGCCGUGUCGGCGAGGAAAGAAGCCCUGGCACACAGAGUAACAAAAAUGGCUUUUUUUGUGUUAGAAUUCGGGAUGAAGAUCUCCCAUGGGAUCAGAAUAUUGUGGACUGGUAAAAACCGGAGCUGGUGUGUCGAAAUUAUGUCCUGA